CAGCACCGAGCGAGUGAUGCCACAGCAUCACCCGCAUUUCUACGACGAAUAACCGAGAGUUUUGAUCCCUAUAAAGAAGAGAGAGAGAGAGAGACAGAGAGCAAGCGAGAGAGAGAGAGAGAGAGAGAGACAGGGAGGGGGCGGGAAGAGGAACAUUUUUUGCUUCAUCCUGGAAGACGGCAACUGCCCAUGAAGAUGUCUAACGCGGACACCGUCUUAAACCCCGCCGAUCGGGUGGUGAAAUCUGUCCCUUUCCCCUUGAGUCACCGCCUUACAAUGAAGGAAGUGUUUGACUGUGAAGCCAAACCUCGCGUGGAUCUCUUGAAGGCUCAUCUGACCAAGGAGGGCCGCGUGGAGGAAGCCGUUGCACUUCGAAUCAUCAAUGAGGGAGCGGCCAUUCUCCGCCAGGAGAAAACUAUUCUCGACAUCGAGGCACCAGUCACAGUCUGUGGUGACAUCCAUGGUCAAUUCUUUGAUCUUAUGAAGUUGUUUGAAGUGGGAGGAUCGCCAGCCACGACACGCUACCUGUUUCUCGGGGACUACGUCGACCGCGGCUACUUCAGUAUUGAGUGUGUUUUAUACCUUUGGUCGCUGAAAAUCCUCUAUCCAAAGACACUAUUUUUACUUCGUGGAAAUCAUGAAUGUAGACAUUUGACAGAAUAUUUCACCUUCAAACAAGAAUGUAAAAUCAAGUACUCAGAGCAGGUGUAUGACUCGUGUAUGGAUGCAUUUGACUGCCUUCCGUUGGCUGCACUCAUGAACCAGCAGUUUUUGUGUGUCCAUGGAGGACUCUCACCUGAAAUACACACCUUAGACGACAUUAAAAAGUUGGAUCGGUUCAAAGAGCCGCCUGCAUUUGGGCCCAUGUGUGACCUGCUCUGGUCGGAUCCUCUGGAAGACUUUGGAAAUGAGAAAACCCAGGAAUAUUUCGGCCACAACACAGUGCGAGGUUGUUCCUACUUCUACAGUUACCCAGCUGUAUGCGAGUUCCUACAGAGCAAUAACCUAUUAUCAAUAAUUCGAGCACAUGAAGCACAAGAUGCUGGUUACCGGAUGUACCGUAAAAGUCAGACCACUGGAUUCCCAUCCCUCAUAACCAUCUUCUCUGCGCCAAAUUACCUGGAUGUUUACAACAAUAAAGCUGCUGUACUGAAAUAUGAAAACAACGUCAUGAACAUUCGACAGUUCAACUGCUCGCCACACCCCUACUGGCUGCCCAACUUCAUGGACGUCUUUACCUGGUCUCUGCCGUUCGUAGGAGAAAAAGUCACCGAAAUGUUGGUGAACGUGUUAAGCAUCUGCUCUGAUGACGAACUCAUGAAUGAUGAAGAUGAGAUAUUUGAUGCCAAUGCAGCUGCGGCUCGCAAGGAGGUGAUCAGAAACAAGAUCCGUGCUAUUGGAAAAAUGGCCAAAAUGUUCUCAGUUCUCAGAGAGGAGAGUGAAAAUGUGUUGACGCUUAAGGGUCUGACACCCACUGGCAUGUUGCCAAGCGGGGUUCUCUCUGGAGGCAGGCAGACACUGCAGAGUGCCACCAUUGAAGCCAUUGAAGCCAUCGAGCCCCCUGAUGAGGACAGAGAAGCUAUUCGCGGGUUCUCCCCCCAGCACAAGAUCACCAGCUUUGAGGAGGCCAAGGGCUUAGACCGCAUCAAUGAGCGCAUGCCGCCUCGCAAGGAUGGCGUGAACCACGUGGGCCACUCCAUGGGCAAGAUGAAUAUGUCGGAGGCGAACGGCACAGAAGACAACAGCAAUAUCCAGUGAUGCGCCGUCUGAGCCACGGAAGCCGUGCCGCUGUUGCAGCCAUGCAGCAAGACUUUGCUUAAUGGGAAAUUCAGGCCCAUGAACACAGAUAUCCAACAGGCCCUCCGCUAGAACAUGAAACCUGCAGCAAAUCUAAACACUGGGCGAAAAAGGUCAUCUAUUUCAUGACGGCAUGUCAUUGCACUGUUAGGGGGAGGGGGGAGCUGGGGUUCACAGCAAAGGGGCAAGGAUGCAGAGAGACCUACUGGCUGCAGCAAAGAAGUGCUUUUAGAAGUUGUGUCUGACUGUAGUUCCCCUUCUCAAUUCGAUUACAGACUGAAUUGUCGGGAAGUUUUGUUGCUUCAAGUGCUGACACACACCCGUGUGCUCCUUCAAUGCAGGGCCUGACAGAAGACAUGAGUGCAGCAUCCAUGCCACACAAAUCGUUCUAAUGUUUUAUAAAGUAUUUAUUAUGAUUCACUCACAAAUGCACUUAAAGGGGAAAAUUAUCUACUUUAUCUAAUUGUUUUUUUGCUAGUAUUAGGUCACGUCACUUUGUGAGAGGCAACACAAAAAAGGAAAAAGAAAGUGAGACACCAGAAAGCUAAAUGUGUACCUUUUUGAAACCUGCAGCACGCCAUCUUAUCGAUGGACUUGCAUUUAUUGAUUUACUUUGUUGUAAGAUGCGUCCAACCUGCAGGGAAAGAAAUAGGACAGGGUGCUCAUGUUUGCUCGCUACGGAAAUAUUCACUGCAGAUCCGAUUCCCCCUCGGCGUCGUAACCU